AUGACCAAUGCGAAUAAGACUUUAAUUUAUAGUCCUCUUUUCGAAGAUUCCAAAUUAAUUAAUAAAUCAUCCUUCCCAAUUCAUUAUCCACCGCCUUUCCCUGCACCAGGUUCCGUACCAUCUUCUAAUAACACUGGUACUGGUACUGGUCCCCCUUCGUCAUUUCCACCACCUUCCUCUUCAUCUUCAGGUGGUCGUGAACCUUCUAAAAUUGAUUCUGAAUAUGAAGGUCCUAAAUACAAUAAAAAUUCUCUUGAGUAUAUCUUACGUUCAGGAUUGGCAGGUGGUAUAUCUGGAUCAUGUGCUAAAACAUUAAUUGCUCCAUUAGAUAGAAUCAAGAUUUUAUUUCAAACUUCAAACCCUCACUAUACUAAAUAUGCAGGUUCUUUAGUGGGGCUAAAAGAAGCAUUCAAACAUAUAUAUAUUAAUGAUGGUAUUCGAGGAUAUUAUCAAGGUCAUUCAGUGACCCUUUUAAGAAUUUUCCCCUACGCGGCUAUUAAAUUUAUUGCAUAUGAACAAAUAAGAAAUGUAUUAAUUCCAUCAAGAGAAUAUGAAACACAUGUAAGAAGAUUAUUAAGUGGUUCUCUUGCCGGAUUAUGUAGUGUAUUUGUUACAUAUCCAUUAGAUUUGACAAGAGUUCGUCUUGCAUAUGUUACUGAACACAAGAGAAUUAAAUUGACCAAUACUGUUAAAGAAAUCUUUAAUGAACCUGCAUCUAUCACAUUAAUAAAUAAUAAAUAUAUACCGACUUGGUUUGCACAUUGGUGUAAUUUUUAUCGUGGAUUUGUCCCCACAGUACUUGGUAUGAUACCGUAUGCAGGAGUUUCAUUUUUCGCGCAUGACCUUUUACAUGAUAUUUUAAAACAUCCAAUUAUAGCACCAUACUCUUUAUUAAAAUUGACUGCUGAGGAAGAAAAGAUUCGAAUCAAGAAAAAUCAAAGAAGGCCAUUAAGAACAUGGGCUGAAUUAGUAUCUGGUGGAUUAGCUGGUAUUGCAUCUCAAACUGCAGCUUACCCUUUGGAGAUUGUUCGAAGAAGAUUACAAGUGAGUGCAUUAUCUACAGCUAAUAUGUAUACACAUGAAUUUUUAUCAAUAUCCUCGAUAUCCAAAAAAAUUUAUCAAGAAAGAGGUUGGAGAGGGUUUUUCGUAGGGUUAAGUAUUGGAUAUAUUAAAGUGACACCCAUGGUUGCAUGUAGUUUUUUCGUUUACGAAAGAAUGAAAUGGUAUUUAGGUAUUUGA